CCACGCGACAUCUUCCGAUCCUCAACUCGUUUGCCUCCCCGCAGACUCCCCAUUGUCCAUUGUCCAUUGCACAUUGCACAUCGCGCACGUCUCCUGACAGGAGUAGAUGGCAGUUCUUCUCUAAUAAUCCACCUCCGCUCCUCUAUCCACAAGACCGCCAAGAUACCACCGAGGUCACGCAGCAGAGAAGGCCAGCACGCAGGGCACAGGGAAGAAGAUAGAGAAGAUAGCAAGAUGGCGACAAAUUCUAUCAAGCUCCUUACGGGGAACAGCCACCCCCAGCUGGCCAAGCUGGUUGCUGAUCGAUUGGGCAUCGAACUUGCAAAGACGAUGAGUCUGAACUAUUCAAACCAGGAGACGAGCGUCACCAUUGGUGAGAGUGUUCGAGAUGAAGAUGUCUUCAUCCUCCAAUCAACACUCCCUGGCGACAUCAAUGACGGCCUCAUGGAGCUUCUGAUCAUGAUCAACGCCUGCAAGACUGCCAGUGCCCGACGCAUCACGGCCGUCAUUCCCAACUUCCCAUACGCGCGACAGGACAAGAAGGACAAGAGCCGAGCGCCAAUUAGCGCAAAGCUGAUUGCCAACAUGCUGCAGACGGCUGGCUGCAACCAUGUGAUUACUAUGGAUCUCCAUGCGUCGCAGAUCCAGGGCUUCUUCAACGUGCCGGUGGAUAACCUAUAUGCGGAGCCCAGUACCCUGCGGUGGAUUCGGGAGAACUUUAGAGGGGGCCAGGGAUGCGUUAUUGUUAGUCCCGAUGCGGGGGGUGCAAAACGAGCAACCUCGAUAGCAGACCGUCUCGACCUGCCCUUCGCUCUCAUCCACAAGGAGCGCGCGCGCCCCAACGAAGUCUCCCGCAUGGUCCUUGUCGGCUCAGUCAAAGACAUGACUUGCAUCCUCGUCGAUGACAUGGCUGACACCUGCGGCACCCUCGCCAAAGCGGCGUCCACGCUCGUCUCGCACGGCGCAAAGGAAGUCGUAGCUAUCGUGACCCACGGUAUCCUCAGCGGCGACGCCAUCGAAGUGAUCAAGAAGAGCGAGCUCCAAACACUCGUCGUCACCAACACCGUCCCUCUGGGCGAGAAAGCUGACAAGCUAGGCUCUAAGCUGCGAGUCAUGGAUAUCUCUCCCACGCUCGCCGAGGCUAUCCGCCGCACGCACAACGGCGAGAGCGUGAGCUUCUUGUUCACGCACGCUCCUACCGACUAGAUCGAUCAUUCCUUGGAUGGGCUGGGCGAGGAGCACCGGUGUCAUCUUUCCUUUCCAUUUUUCUCUUUUCACGCCAUCAUCUCGCCCAGCAGAGCGUUCACAGGGGCCACGCACGCUGAGAGGAGCGCAGGAUGGCAUGUACGCAAGACCGGCGUUAAUUGGGGGGGGGUUCUUUCUCAGCAUUGGAGCGAUGGGUUAUUGAAAACGUUCCAGGGUUUGCUUUGCCUGGCUGCUUGCUUUGUUAUAGUAGGAGCUAGUAGCUAGAUUUGGAGGGAGGAGGUUGGGGGUGUGUGGGGGUGGGGUUAUGCAGUUCGAUUUAU